AUGGCCAAAGACGAUCACUUGAGACAGGGUGCUACAGUAGGAGUAGCAGUUUCUGUCACAGCUGGUUCUGUGAGUGGUAUGGUUGCUAGAGCUGUCACGGCUCCCUUAGAUGUGAUCAAGAUCCGGCUGCAAUUAGAAUCCUACUACAACUCUCAUGCUAAGGUUCCCCAGUAUAAUGGGAUAAUACCAACUUUGAAAAAAAUAAUUGCGACAGAAGGGGGAAUUAAGCGUCUGUGGAAGGGUAACAUACCAGCUGAGAUCAUGUACAUGUUAUAUGGAGCAACUCAAUUCACCUGCUAUUCUACAGUGAAUACGUUUUUGACGCAGACAGAGAAUCGUCACAACUUCAAAGUACCCGUUUCCCUUCACUCACUGAUUUUGGGAUCUGUCUCUGGGGUUUUCAGUACGUUGGUGUCUUAUCCGUUUGAUGUACUUCGUACAAGGCUGGCUUCCAAUCGAUCGAAACACUUUGCCUCCAUGUUUGGUUGUUCCAUUGACAUGUUGAAACACGAAGGCAUCAAAUCAUUUUAUUCGGGUAUAGGAACAGCAGUCAGUGGUGUUUCCCUCUCCAUGGGGUUGACGUUCUUUGCCUAUGAAUUCCUUAGAAAUUUAGACUCUCAUUACGAUGAGCUUGCAUUCAUUGAACCGAUAUCUGGGUUCAUGGCUGGUAUAAUUGCCAAAUCCAGUACUUUUCCAUUGGAUUUAAUACGGAGAAGAUUACAAGUGCACAGAAAGUGGCUCGGGCAUGAAAGAGAAACAUUCAUGACCAUUUCAAAGAAAAUAUUUAUUAGAGAAGGUUUACGGGGCUUCUAUUCGGGUCUAACACCAGCCCUAUUGAAAACCGCACCUACUACUGCAAUUAGCAUUUGGACUUACGAAUACGUUGUAAGAGGCUUAGAGAAAGCUCAAGCUUUUGGUUAA